GGAAAACUGGGACAUGUUUUCAAACUGUUACUCCACUCUAAUGAAUUUCUAUUUUUUGUGAAGUGGAAAAAUCCAUAUUAUUAUUACAAAAGGAGAAACUAACAACUGAACGAUGUUUAAGAAAUACUGAAUUAUAUUGUUUUGUUCAAAUUUUAUCCUGGGAGUUUGUUUGAUUUAAUAGUAAUCUGUUCCAAAUGUAUGAAAUACAAAUAAUGAAACACACACACACACACACACACACACACACACACACACACACACACAUAUAUAUACAUGACUACAGCACAAUAUAGUUUUUUUGUUGUUUUUUUUCGCAAACUCGUACUGUAGGCGUCCACCUUCUGGUAAAAAGUACUCCAUUUUGAAACAACCUGUGUGACGUGUCAUAGGACUUCACAUCCAUGCAUGCAAAAAUCUAUCAAGGUCAGCUUUGCACAGGAAAUCCAUAGAAAGUUAGCAGGCAGCAGUGUUAAUAGGGUUUCUUGAUAAAAACCAACCGCGACAGGAAGGCGAAGUUCCUGCGAAUUAAAUACCGACAUAACUCUGAAAACAGGAAAACAUUUGGGUACCUGCAUUGCAAGACGUGGACAGUGCCCGACCCUUGGAGAGGCAGCAAAGAUUGGACAGAUGCCAUUAAUGCCUUUCACAAAGCGAACAUGUGGAUUGGAGUGUACUGGGCCUUGCCAGUCAUUUUGCUGUUGUUGCCUGGUGUCCAAGUGACUUUUUAUACAUUUCAGGAAACUGAAGGUUUCUUGACUGGAAUGCAGCCAAGUGGAUAUAUAGCUUUAGCUGGAGAUCAAUUCAUAAUGCAAUGUGCUUCACUAAAUCAAUCAGUUAUCUAUAAUGAUUCCGAGAGCUAUCGAAACAAGAUUACAUGGUUUCGACAUUAUCAGAAUGGGGACCAGGCACAGCAGGUUGGCAAUGGACAUGGGGAACAUUAUCCUGAAAGGAAAUUUCUUAUGGUUUCAAAAACUGGAAACUGUUCACUCAGGUGUAUAUUCCUGUCAAAUAAGGGAUGAGAAGAUAUACCUCACAUUAGCUGUUAUCCAGAAAGACAAGACGCACUGCCAGGAUUAUGCACACAGCACAGUAGACCUACUGUCUGGUAGUGGUGAUUCAAUAACCUGUCCUGCUAUGACUUGUUACAGUGCUCCAGGACAUUUGCCAGUGAGGUGGUACAAGAAUGGGGAACUUGUGAAAUUGAACAAAAACAGACCAACUUUGGAACUUGAAAAUGAAAAACUUGUACUAAAGACGGUCUAUAAAAGAGACGCUGCCAAUUACACAUGUGAUUUAAACUACAGUGAAAACAAUACUCUGUGGAUUGUGAGAAGAAUGUUAACAGUUAGAGUUUUUGGAAAAGAAACCAAGAUACCACCAUCUAUUCUCAACCUCAAUGGUGUGGAGACUAUUAAAGCAGAACUUGGGAAACCUUUAACACUGGAGUGCAGAGUUAAUUUUGGUUUUGAAAGAAACUCUACACCUACAAUUAAAUGGUUAGUCAAUAGCAAUGACAACUCAACUGACAUCAGCCUGGAAAUGGAAGAAAGCCGAAUUGUUGAGGACGAUGGAAAUGGAAAAACUAUUAUCCACACAGCUUACUUCAGUAAAGUGACUGAAAGACACUUUAUUGCCACAUUUACCUGCUUUGCACAGAACUUUCAAGGGAACACAACUGGUAUAUUGAGCCUUAAAAAGAAGAGUCCAGUGAAUGGACCCUUUCUAACACACGUAUUGUGUGGAAUUAUUUCGACAGUCAUUUUCAUAUUUGGUGGAAGUGCCUACAUAUAUAUUCACUGGAUUGAAAUAGUUUUGUUGUACAGGAAUUAUUUUCCAUACGAUGAAACCAUAAGAGAUGGGAAGGAAUAGGAUGCCUUUAUAUCACAUGCUAACCACUCCUCUUCUGAAGACAUUUUGGAGUCUGAAGAGGGAGGUGGUGUUACAGAAGAGAUGUUUGUGUUGAAGCUCCUCCCAGAGUUCUUGGAACAGCAGUGCAGAUACAAGUUAUGCUUCCUUGAAAGGGAUGUGCUACCAGGAGGAGCUUACACAGAAGACAUUGUUGCAUCUAUCAAAAGAAGCAGAAGAGUGAUUUAUGUCCUCAGCCCAAGAUACAUAAGCAGCCCUUGCAUUUUUGAACUGCAGACAGGAAUCAAUCAACUGUUGGUCGACAAUCAAUUUAAACUAAUUCUGAUCAAGUUCAGGCCAUUGCCCGAAAUGGAUACCCUCCCUCACAUACUCAAGAAGGCACUAAAGAUUUUACCAGCAAUGAAAUGGAAUGGUUCCAAAUCUAAUCAUUCUGAUUCUACAUUUUGGAAGAAUGUCAAGUAUUACAUGCCAGUAAAGAAAACAAGUCUCCAAUGGUGAGAUCCUGGAUUGUGAUGAGUCUCUAACAUGUUUAGUUUGAUACUUUGUAUUGCAAUAUUUUAUAACAAAUGUAAGUCGCCCUGGAUAACAGUCUUGUUGUUGAAAUAAGCUAUCAUAACUUAUUGUCCGUGAUAAACAGGCAUGCCCAUAGAAAAGAGUAUUAUUGUUAUUAUAAUAAUAAUAAUAAUAAUAAUAAUAAUUAUUAUUAUUAUUAUUAUUAUUAUUAUUAUUAUUAUUAUUAUUAUUUAUUAUUAUUCUGUAUCAUUUAUUAUUUAUCUACAGUAUUACAAUGCAAGAUUAAUAAGAGUGCGCUAUAGAGUGAUCAGUGUUUACUUGUUGUGUUAUUUUACAAUAAGUGAAACUAUUAAAUGUUACUGUUUAUACAUCAAGUUUGGGCACUAAUGGGUUAAGUAUAAAGAUGUAUAUAAAAUAUUUAUAUUUGAAUUAGGCUGUAUACUGUGUGUGUGUGUAAUAUGUGUACACACACACACACACACACACAUAUAUAUAUAUAUAUAUAUAUAUAUAUAUAUAUAUAUAUAUAUAUAUAUAUAUAUAUAUAUAUAUAUAUAUAUAUAUAUAUAUUUUAAAGGCAAGUACCAUACUCUCCAGGUCAUAAGCUUCCUUGUAGCUUCUACAUAAAUAUGUUUCUGUAAUGGUGGUUCAAGCUAACCUGUAUAAUACCAAUACUACCUCUCUUAAACUCUGUCAGGUGAGCUUUUUUCAAAUUACUCUUGCUCUGUCAGAGAGCACAGCUGAAUCUAUCUAAGUCUCUGCUGUGGCUUGGUGGGCUCUAUUGACUCUGGUGGUGGAAACUUCCAGCUAAACAAUUACACUGAAUAUGCCAGGGUGUAAAUCUGUUAUUUUAAAAUGUAUGAUAUUGAUAUAUUUUCUUCACUUGUAUUAUUUAAAUGUAAUGACUUAUUUAAUGGAAGAUAUUUAUAAAUACGUAUCUGGUAUAUAUUUAUUUGCUCAAAAGUAAUUCAAGAACAAAGUGUCCUUACCGGUUGUAAAUAUUUCUUGUAGACUUUUUUCAUACAUGUUUAUCAGUCUGAUAUUCUUCUCCUUGUUAAUGGUCUAUAACUAUCACAAUAAAAUGUUGGGUGAACCACUUGCCUCACUAAUAAAAAGUGCAUGUGAAAGUGGCCAAGGCAAUCGGGUUAAUUAGAAUUAAAUUUAAGAAAGUUAUAGAAUUAGAAUUAGAAUUAAUUUAAGAAAGUGAUGGUAUAAAGAUGCAUUCACUUUUUUAUUGUGAUUAUUCCUGUUGUAUAAUAAACUAUUUUAA